UGUUUCAACCACAAGUCCGACCCAGUCCCCUUUACAGCUAUAAAUAACCAGCCAUUUCACUUACAUUUUUCUCAUCCCCAUUGGGCCAUAUUCAUUCUGUAACACAAAGACAAGAGAAACAAAACAGUGUUCUCUGUUUGGCUUGGAUUUAGAACACUAUCAUCAUGGGUACUGUAAAUGGACUUUUAUUUAGUAUUGUUUUGAUUAAUUUGUCCCUACUCGGAUUUUGCGGGUAUCCUAGAAGACCAGUGGAUGUACCCUUUUGGAAAAACUAUGAGCCGAGUUGGGCUAGUCACCAUAUCAAGUACCUCAAUGGUGGUUCUACUGCUGAUCUUGUUCUUGACAGAUCUUCAGGAGCUGGAUUUCAGUCAAAGAAAUCAUAUCUGUUUGGGCACUUCAGCAUGAAAAUGAAGCUUGUUGGAGGAGACUCAGCUGGAGUUGUUACUGCAUUUUACUUGUCCUCGAAUAAUGCAGAGCACGAUGAAAUAGAUUUUGAAUUCUUGGGGAACAGGACUGGGCAGCCAUACAUAUUGCAGACAAAUGUGUUCACGGGAGGAAAGGGAAACAGAGAGCAGAGAGUAUAUCUUUGGUUUGACCCAACCAAGGGUUACCAUUCUUAUUCCGUUCUUUGGAAUACCUUCCAGAUUGUGAUCUUUGUGGAUGAUGUUCCAAUUAGAGCAUUCAAGAACUCAAAAGACCUUGGUGUGAAAUUCCCAUUCAAUCAGCCCAUGAAGAUAUACUCAAGCCUUUGGGAUGCUGAUGAUUGGGCCACAAGAGGUGGGCUUGAGAAAACUGACUGGUCCAAAGCCCCAUUCACAGCCUCAUACACAUCAUUCCACGUGGACGGCUGUGAAGCUGCCACGCCACACGAAGUCCAAGUUUGUAAUACCAAAGGGAUGAGAUGGUGGGAUCAAAAGGCUUUCCAAGAUUUAGAUGCUUUCCAAUACCGGAGACUUCGUUAGGUCCGUCAAAAAUACACUAUCUAUAAUUAUUGCACUGAUAGGCAGAGGUACCCUGUUCUUCCCCCAGAGUGCACUAAGGACAGAGAUAUUUAAAUAAUAAUUAAAUUAUUAAGAGGGGUUUCAUGAGAACUUAAUAUGCAUUAUGUGUGAGUAAUUUAAGGAUGUUAAUGUGUGAACAUCCAUUGAGAGAAUCCUAAGACAGAGAGUUGUUAAGCUCUAUUUCUCUAUUCUUUUUAAGUGUAUCAUUGGUGGAGUCAUGAUGAUUAUGUACUAUCUCAUGCCAGGCCUUCAUGUACUCUGGGGGUCACGAGUGAUGUAUUGUAAUUUAUUGCACUAUUUGUUAUCUCUGAAUUAAAACUAUGAAUUAAUACGUUUAUAAUUUUAGCUAUCU